AUGUUUACCAGGAUCCCUAAUACUCUUUCCAGAGCUUACCCUUUGGGACUACUCUUCUGUAUGCUCUCAGGGUCCUGGGCACAGGUGCAGCUGGUGGAAACAGGAGGCAAACUGACCCAUGAAGGCCAGAGCUUAACCCUGACCUGUAAAGCUUCAGGGCUUGUCUUUAAGGAGUUUUCCUUUUCCUGGCACUGGACACCACCUGGAGGCUCAAGGGAGCUGGUGGCCAGUAUCACUGCUGGGACAGGUAACACCCAAGAGUACAGGAAAGACAUUCAGAAUAGAGCCUUCAUUUUCAGGAACAAUGAGGCCCAAACAGUCUCACUGACUCUGUAUCAUCUACGGAAAAAGGACUCAGGCAUUUACUACUGUGCAAGACUCACCAUAUUAAGGCCAGGCACAGGGCCUGACACAAAACCUAUACUUCCUGAGACAGGACCAGGACUGGAGAUGAGAAUGCAACUGAUCCUAGAUGUCUUUUCUGUUAAGUUUCUGAAUCCUUCCCCCACCUCUCCACCACCCCACUUCCUGCCACCCCCAGAUAAGUGGGAUGACUUUGGGCCAGGAACAGAAGUGACUGUGCUUCCAAGAGAUGAGACUUAUCUGAAAGAAUCAGGAGGUGGCCUAUAUCCAGGCAAUGAGAUUCUAAACCUCACAUGUCAAACAUCUGGCUUCCAAUUCAAUACAAGUGUACUAGGCUGGUACCUUUGGGACCCAGGAUGUGCUCCUCAGUGGCUGUCCAGCCUUGACCAUAUAUCCACAGAAACCAAAGAAGAACGAAUCAUCUCUUCCAGAGAGGACAGUAGCAGCCAGAUUUUCCUUCAAAUUAAAGGCCUGGGUAUUGGGGAUUCUGGCAAUUAUCACUGUACAAAGAGGGUGGGUGAUGGAGAUAACACAGACAAGCUAGUCUUUGGUCCUGGGACAGAUGUGAUCAUAGAACCAGGACCUCGGGCCCCUUUGACACCCAGCGUGUUUUUGUUGAGGAGUCAGGAUGCUGUGGCCUGCCUGGUCAGUGACUUCUACCCCAAGGACCUAAAUGUGUCUUUGGCCUCUUCUAGAGCUUCAAUACCAGGCCAGGUCCUCACUGUGGCUCCCACAGCACGUGGCACCUAUAGCGCCAUCCAGAUUGGUAGGGUUGAUGAGAAUGAUGCAGUAAUCUGCUCAGUUCAGCACCUUGGGAAAGAGAUCCAUAUGUCCCACAAGUCAGACUCUUUGAAGCUGGAACCAUCCUAUCCUGAUCAGAAGUUCAAAGAUGAAUUAAAAAUGAAUGGGAAAAGGGCAGAAAUAAUGGAAUUAAGCCUGAACAUGAUUGGAACAGAAUCUGAGGAGAGGAAUAAGUUACUCCUCAGUGUGCUGAGCCUGAGACUGCUGUUUAUGAAGACUGUGGCCAUCAAUGUCCUGUUCACCAUGAUAGCUUUGAUUUUCUGAGAAAAAUCCUGGGAAUGAAGACCCAGGAGUCAACACUUUAUCCUUGACAUUACUCUUGGAAAUCACAGUGAUCCCAGUGACUUCAGUUACAUUCAUUUCCCAUCCUAGCUACAGUAUACUCAGUCUCAUGUCUCUGUCCCUGGUGAUCAAUUUCUGGAUCCCUAUUCUGAAAUAAAGAUGUAAAAGCCUUAUCUGUUCUCCUCUGAAUUUCUGUGUUUCUAGGGGAAAUGGAGGGUGGGGAUUGGGCAUUAUCAAUUAAAGCAGGCAAAUGACUUAGUUAUUCUCAGGAAUACAAUGAUCCAAGACAAUCCCAAAGGACUCAUAAUGAAAAAUACCAUUCACCUCCAAAGAAAGAACUGAUAGAAUCUGAAUGCAG